AUGUUAGUGGCAGUGAUUCCAGUGCUCCUAACAGUUGCUGAUGGCAUUUUCUUCGGUGGUGGCGGUGGAGGUGAUUGUUGUUGUGGAUGCGGAACACCCCAACCAGCAAGCUGUGGAUGUCAGUAUCCUGUUCCGGCGCCGUGCCCAGCUUGUCCACAAAAUUACUGUCCCACUCCGCCAGUGGCCUAUUGCCCCCAAGUCCAACCGGUAUAUUAUCCGGGAUGCAAUGCUGGAAGUGUAGGAUGUCCUGGAGAAGGCGGAUAUGCAGUGAGUGGCGCUGCUAAAACUGUAGUUGGAGAGCCUAUUUACCCAGCUCCACCUUUGCCUGUGGGUGGGGGUAGUUAUCCAGCACCACGUUUGCUUGUGGGAGGGGAGAGUUAUCCAGCUCCACGUUUGCCAUUUCCGGAUGCUUUUCCAUCUGGUGCCGGAACCAAUGGAGGAAAUAACGGACUACCGCACAGCCCUGGAUAUACCGGUCCACCUAUAGGUGGAGAGAACCUUGGAAUUUCACAGGAACCCGUUGCGCCAAGUCAUCAAAGUGAAGAGAUACCUGCUGGCGCCACUUCAGCAAGCAAUUAUGCACCACCUCUAGACAGACUGCGAUCACCUCAAAAUAACUGUGAACAGCCAAAAGUGAGGUAUGUGGUGCUGAGGAUGAAAAAAGAACCAGGAUCAGGCAUCGAGGAAGUGAUGGAGGAGGCUGAAGAGCAGCCAUGGAAAUCAAAUGAUACCACUGGUUAUGUAGAAAUUGACAAGCAUUACAUUGUUGUUGCUACAUUGACUCGCACAAGGUCACUAACAUUCGCAAGCAGUAAUAGAAAGAUUAUUGAGUACGUGAUUAGAUCUUUUAUGAAAAUCGUUCAAAAGGUGAACCACCCGCCACCAGUGGAAGCGACCGCAUCGCCGUUAGAGGCACGCCAAAUAAUCGACGAGAUCAACCGCAAAGAAGCGAAGCGAGAUGGCAUGGAGAAUGAUACUCGUAAGUAUUUCAACUGGAAAAUCCAUACGUCGACUUCCUCGGUAGAAAUGAAUGGUGAAAUUUUACCGGCGAAAAGUUACUAA